GUCGCUCGGCCAGAGGGAGAGAGGGGGGCAGGAGUGAGAAUGGCGGCCGUGCAGUGCUCCAAAUGCACGGCAGAAAGGAAAGGGUUUCGGCGGGAACUGGAUUCUUGGCGACACAGACUGAUACACUGCGUCGGCUUUGAAACAAUUCUGGAGGGAAUUUAUGGCCCGAUGCUUCUGAAAGAUCUCAGUUUAUUUGUUGAUUGCGAGCCUGAAGAAGUGGACGAUUGGUCCCCAGAAACAAGCCGCAGUCAUUGUUCAUUCUGCAAACUGCUGCUGGAAAAACUCAGUGAUCAAGAAGCUGCCCCCACGUCUCCUCUCUCUCCCCCCUCUCAUUACUCCUCUUGUCAGGGUCCAACUAUAUCUGACAGCAGCCAUUCAGCUCAAAGAUUUCUUCAUGCUGUGUUUCACAAAAAAGAUGUGACCCCAGAUUGUGACUCGAGCAUACCUCUGGUUGCCCAGGAGCUCAUGAAGAAAAUGAUCCAUCAGUUUGCUGUGGAGUAUGCAUCAAAGUGCACAAAUGUCAAUUAUAUUUCAAGGGCAUCCUCCCCCUCAUCGGAAGCGUCUGAUGCCCCUCUAGACCUCACAGUGAGCCGAACACAGGAGGAGAAGGAAGAUCAACCUGAAAUCGAUGGCGCCCUGGACCUGUCCAAACGGAAUUGUGCCACAUCAUCUUCUAAUCAUAAACCUUCAGGUUCUCAGCGGCCGUCACUAACGGAAGAACUGGGAGAUGUUUGUCUUCGAGGGACUAAAGUGUGUCCGAGGACUGCCCUGGAAGCUGUUCUACGCUCUCUCUGCCCCGCGCACCAGUCUCUACUCCAUCAGAUCCUGAAGGCUGCACACCAGGCACAGUUAAUGUCCUUCAUGUGUCUCAGUCAUGCUGAAAACCCCUCCUGUCUCUGUGGUACGAGCCCACUGGACAAAGUGUCACCUCGUUCUAUCCCUCUGAGUGGAUGUAAAGCCUGCAACUGCAGACAGCACUGUCCCUUAAGCGAAUGUGAUCAUCAAAGUCAUUGCAAUGCUGUUUGCGGCCCAGAAGACUCUCAGUCUUGCUGGAAUGUUCAUCAUGCCUCUGUCAGAGACUGUAGCUGUGACGGUCAUUGGGGCUCAAGCUGUAUUUGUGUCUGGAGGUGCAGAACAGACAGCUGUGAAAGCCUCUGCUCCAAAAGAUUGCACUGCGUUUGCCACCAAAGCCUGUCAGUCACACCCAUAAACAAGGUAGUGAGUUCACCGGCAUCCCCUCCUUUGUUACCUAUGUCCACACAUAGAUUCUGCUCAUCGUGUCACCAACAUUGCAGCUGCCUCUCAUGCUCCUGUCAUUGGAGCAACCUCUGUCAAACACAAGCCAAGUAUUCAGUAGAAAAAGCGGUUGGAGAUGGGGAGCAUCAUUGUAGUGUCCUGAACAGGGAGCACAGCCCAUCUCCUCCCCCUCCACCCCUCUCACCCAUCCCCUCAGAUAUCAAUAAGACAAACGACGAAAAGCCGCCUUCCCUCCUUCACCACAGACAGGUGGGGGAAGCUGGUGUAAUGAUAAACAGUCUUGUUAGUGGCUGUCUGCAGGCAGCAGAUUCAGGUAAAGAGUAUGAGCCGCAACCUCAGAACCCAGUAAGUCGUCAGGCAGAAAACAACACAAGCGGAACUUUGCUGCAAGAUGUCGUGAGUCGCUUCAGCGAAAAGCUAGAAACCAUCGCACCUGCAGAGAGAGACUCUGAAAAGGAGGAGCAACAGUUUCCCUCAACCAGCCAGAGCUUGCCAUUUCACGGCGACGCCCACCUGACCGAAAUCAUCACCCGAGUACUGCACUCUGGCAGCGCCAGCGACUAUAGUCUCAGUGAGCUGUUCAACCGCCACGACAGCGGAGAACCCAAGUCACCUAAUACCCGCCUGCGACGUCGCCAAGAAGUCCUGGCAGCUAUAUCUAGACCUGCUGACGAUGCAUCCACCAGAAGGCAGAAGCUACAAAUUAAAAGGUACUUUGCCAUGUUUGAUAAGCCUAACAACCGAAGAAAGGAGUCACCGGCAAAGAAAAGACUACAAGAUCCAAAUUCCUGUGCAGUGACAUCAGACACUUUGUCAAACUCAAACCUAGUCACAGAAAUGUCCAAAACAGAAACUAUGGUAGAUUUAAAGCCUGUAGAGAACCAUGGUAAAAACUGUGCGUCUGCAAAAACAGACCAGGACGAUGUCAAAGAAGACUUUCAGGAAGUGAGCGUAACUGAAAAGCUAGAGAUUGUAAAGGAUGAGGUAAAGGAUUUAGAAAUAUGUGAUGAGAAAAAAGAUCUUGGUAUCGUACAUGCACCCAUCCCUGAGCUGCAGAAGGCAGCUGAAGAUCAUUCAGCAACUGCUACCUCAUCAAGUCAGUGUGAAGUUCCAAACAGUGAAGAUUCCAAGGCUCCCAGUGAUGCAAGAAAGAGGGAGAGUGAAGAAGCUUCAUCAAAUCAACAGGCUAUGGUGGAAGAGCUGGUCAAAGAGGAGCAUGGCUCUUCUACAAACCACUUGAAUGGGAUGAGAAGAUCCACCAGGAAUAUAAUGCCUCCACAGCGGUUCUCCUCUUACGUGACAGCGCCCAGAAAGAUGCUAUUUGUUGCAUGUUUCUCUGAUGGCAUCUUUAACAACACAACUCAAAAUAAGACUCUGACACCUGAUGCUUUACAAACCUGUUCCAAAAGUAAGAACAUAAACAUCACACAGGAUAAUGCAGAAAAAGAAGCCAGCCAGUGCUCACCCGAAGAGACAGAAAUACUUGAGUCAACACAAACAGAAGAACCUUGCAUGGAGUCAAAAGGUCACGGUCAGUUGUUAUCCCAAACCUUGCCAAUCAAGGAGAAAAAUGAUAAAAAGCAGUCUAAAUUAAGCCCAGAAAAGACUACCAUCAUCACUGACUCAGCCAUAUGUGGUAGACUGAGAACAUCUCCAAGAAGAUUAGUUUCAAUGACGUCCAAAAACCUGGUAGAUGUUGACGGUGGGAUCCGACCUACCUCUGACAGCCCCUUUACCUCAAGACUGCAGUAUAGCAGUCCUAUUAAGCUCAUGUUUGUAUCACCUGUAAAAGACCAGGAAGGAGUUAAGUACAGUCUCAAGUCAACAGGCGGUGGUUCCAGUACUCAAACAGAUCAUUUUGACCCCUGUGAGGAGUCUUCAUGGUCAGGGACACCCCAAAAGCACAAGAGACAGACAAGUAAGUGUUCACCAUCUCCUCUGAAAUCACAUUUCUCGCCACAAAAAUCUUCUUCACCAACCAAGCCCGUGCCCUCAUCACCAUCUUCGCCUCCAAAGUCUGUGUCUUGUCCUAGGUCGGCAUCUUCAUCUCCUAAAAGUGGCCACCGUAGAUCUGGCCAAAGUUCUCCAACCAAGCACUUAUCUGAGAGCGAUCAGACACAGAGCGAUUUGGUGUCUGUCCAUGAAACCACUCCUCCAAAAAGACGUCCGGGCCGGCCAAAGAAGCUGGGGCCCCAGCUGGAGCAAAAAGUCAAAAGGCCCAUUGGGAGACCACGCAAGCAGAAAGAUUUGAAUGCUGCUGUGGAGGCAGAAUCCUCAAAUCCAAAAGCAUCUACAGCCGCUCCCAUUAUGGACAAUGUCACCAAGAACCUCAAGGUAACAGUGGUUUAUGGCCGUUCAAGGAGGAACAAACGAAUGGUGUCUGAAGGAAUCGACCAGCUGCAAACAGAUUUCAGUGAUUCUUUGCUUUCAGAGGAUCUCAAAAGUGACUUUUUGACUCAGCGUUCCAAGAAUAACUCUGUUGGCAACAACAAAAAUGCAGAGGAAAUCAAUUUUGCCACCCCUGAAAAACAAUUGGUCCCCUUGAGGAAACCCGGCAGACCAGCAAAAGUAAAAAUUACUGGGAUCUCAGUCACAGUUACCACAGUAUCGCCUCGACUGCGCCAGAUUCAGCUAAAUAAAGAUGUUCAGCCGCCAUCUGAAACACAGCAACGUAAAAAGGUGCUGCUGCCAGAAUUCAAAUCCUUAAAAGAGCCCGGAGAAACUAGCCACAAGUCACUAAGCGAAACAAGUCGAAAAGAGGUGGGUUUACAAACGCGUGAUUCACAUAAAGAGGAGUUGUCUGAUGAGUCUGUAGCUUUGAGACACUCAAAUAGGGUAAGAAAACCCUCGAUCCACUUUCUUCACUCUGUGGCCACCUCCCCUUUCAGAUUAUACAGUCGCAGCAAUGCUCUACUGCGGCGCUCCAAGCAACUCCUGCUUACUAAGGCCAGCAAUGAAAGGAGGCAAGAGGAGAAGCAGAGCGAUGUGGAAAUGUGUGGGGAGAAACCACCGCUCCAUGGACAGAAGAGAAGAGCAUCUCAGGAUCUGAGCAGAGUGGCAGGAGUGUCUGUAGAUUCCAUCUUUAGCCCCAAAAAGCCGCUGAAGUGGUGGUCAUCUUCGGCUGAGGAGAAAGCUGUAAACCAGGAGCUUGCUCGGCGGAUACAAGUCAUCACGGACACUUGGGUGUCUGACAACACAGAGAACAAACAGAGGGGAAGCGUUGGUGAACCUAAACAAGAUACUAAAGGUCACAGUUCAUCUCCUAGGAAGUCGAAACAGUUUUCUGUAGUCCGAACGCUGUUUGACUGCCCACUUAACAAACCUAGAUCCUGUAGCAUGCAGCAGAUCCACUCCUGGUUCAUGCAGACCACAGAGACACACUCUCUAGCCAUCGUCAAGAAGAACAGCUCCCGUAACCCUUUUGAAGUCAUGCACUUCCCUCGCUCUGCCAACAAAAACAGCGUUUGCCCCAGUCCUCAGGCAGAGCGCCUUCGCAGGCACACCAAGAAGUUUGCAACGGCUGUGCCACAAAGUCCCCUGCAGCACCAACGGGCUCAACAGAGACUUAGAAAGGCGAGAGCAUGCAAGGUAAUGCGACAACUGUUUGCAAUCAGGACUGAGGGGGGCAAAGGCAAUUCCAGAGUUUGGGGUUCGAAGUCCAGUUCUGGAAGGUUCCAGGCCAAUCUUUUUAGAGCAAAGAUGAGGUUUCUAACCAAAAUAGAAAAGGAGCAAUGGUUAAAGAGGAGUGACAAGAGGAGGAACAGAACGGUAGCAAGAAGUUGUCCGAGAAGGUCUGGAUUACAACCAGAUUACAAAAGAUUACAUAGAUCAGUAAAAGAUGGGUCUUAUGGUUGUUUUAGGAUUGGUUCUGCCACCUGUUGUGUUGAGCAAACUCUAGAGCCUUUGGGCGAACGCAAAGAGCAGAAGCUCUGUUCCAAAGCCUGGAGUCCCGAGACCCUGAAGGAAUGCCGGGUGUUUUUGAGGAAGAUCAACUCUCCAAACAACGAGUCCGCCGAGGAGGGCUGGAACUCCUGCACUGUGACACUGGAUGAUGGGUCACCCUCUGCAUACCUCUUUGCAGGAAAGGAGAGGGAACUGCGGGGAGUUGUUAAAGCUUCGAAAAGUCAAAGAAAAAGGAACACGAUGAAGAAGACUGCCUCCAGAGAGCCAUCAAGCCCUUUGCCCACAUCUGUCCAGAUGAAGGACUCUGCUCCAGCAGGGCGGCAAAAGGACAAACCCAAAAGUCACAAUGCGUCUACUGAUUUAGCACAGCUGCCACCAGCGAAAACGUUAAGACAAUCGCGAAUGAGGGGCCUGACCGGGCUGAAAUGGCGCGACUUUGUGUUUGGAAAGUAAAUGAAGUGGGAAAGCAGAAGGCCUCCGGUUUCUGAGACUAAUUACCGUGGUGCCUUUGGACAUUGAGCUGACCACACGGACUGGCCGACCCUCUACGGUUCAGUCUUACACUCAGCCAUUAUGUAGCAGUCUAACUUAAAAGCUUAAUGUUGCACUACUUUUAUCCAUGGAAGUGUUUGUAUUUUGUCGUUUUUUUUCCGGUAAAACCCACCUGUGUCUUUCAGAAUGUGCAGACAAUUACAGCUCGUUCCAUCAAAGAGAAUUUGAAAACGACUUUUUUUUUUUUUUUAGGUGAUUGUGAGGAAAGACAAAACGUGACUGCAUUAAGUGUGUCCCCCACCGACCGACCUUUUACAGAAUUUGGCUCCUUUAAGUCAGCCCUGCUUUAAACUGUACACUUUUUAUAUUAAUAUAACUUUUACUUAAGCACUCUCUGAAUUUACACAUAACUCAUUGUUUAAAAAAAAUGUUUCACAAACUUUACUUUAAUUUUGAAUUUGAGCCCUUUAAUAUCUCUAACAAGAGAGCCAGAUAUUUUUCAUGAAGGACUCGUUGAGGCUCCGGUUGUUUAACUGUGAGGUGAAUGACAGACAAACCAUAACUCCAAACUAAAAACCAAAUAAUAUAUGUUUUUAAUUUAAGAUUUAAUAUAAAAGUGUGUUCCCCCAUUUUUUAGGUCUCAGUAGUCCACAAAAUGCUCGAAAUGCGUGUUGAAUAAUGAAGUGGCUUUCUGCGGUUUUAGAAAAAUAGGUUCUGUUGUAUUUGUCGGGUGUAUUUCCUGUUAACCCCUAGCAUUUACUGUAUGUUGCAGACAGACGGACCUCUUGCACUAUACCAUUUGAGAUUAAUAAUCCCACUACCCACCCCAUCCCAUGUUUUGCACAUCCCAUGCCCCAAUACCGAUCCCUUCUGUAACACAAACGUCUCUUUGGUGCAAUAGAAAGCCAGAUGAUUGAUCAUUUUGUAAAAAAUGAUUUGAUUGCUGACAGACGAAUGGAUGUACACAAUGGCCUGGGAUGUUACUGUACUUCUUUUUUUGUAAUGAAGUCAUUCUGGGUUUAAAAAAAAAUCUGUUUUAAAAAUCAGUUUUCUCAUCCGCUUUUCUUUCCUUAAAAAAAAAAAACUAAUUUUGAUUGAAGCAUUAUUCUUUUUUUCGCAUUAUUAAAGUUUUAUGUUCUGUUUUUUUUAUACCCUGUACUGGGGCUUUGUUAGAUCCACUGCUGUUGCUUAUCAGUUGUGUCGUAGCUGAAGCCGGAUAUUUAACUAAUUCAACGCUAAUCUUGGAUCUAUAUGCUACUUUUUUGCUCUGAUAGAUCCCAAAUGUCUGGCUUGUGGGUCAAAACUUCCCCCGUAGUGAGUGUUGUGCCUGAAUGUCCCUUUCUGUGCAUCAAUUAUGGUUGCCAUGUCAUCAUGAAAGACGUUUAACAGUUGACCUUUGUUGGAAGAACCUGGUGCUAAUCAUCUGUUGUAAUAUUCUCUUGGAGCAUUUUUAUACUACCCUUUACAGAUGCAGCAAAGAGCUCUGUGACUUGAUCAAUAAAGGUGUUUUUUAAAGUAAAA